AUGUCUAUUCCUACCAGAGCCCUCGGUCGCAAUGGCCCUGAAGUCUCCUCCGUGGGCCUUGGCCUCAUGAGCAUUGGUGGCAUCUACGGCGCAGCUCCCAGCGACGAGGACCGGUUGGCACUCUUGGACCGCGCCCACGCCAUUGGGCAGUGGUUCUGGGAUACGGCAGACGUCUAUUUCGACAGCGAAGAUAUCGUCGGCAUUUGGCGAGCAAAGAACCCUAUAAAGGCAAAAGAUAUCUUUCUCGCAUCCAAGUUCGGCAUCACGAUGCGUAAGGACGGCAGUCAAACUGUCGAUACCUCCCCCGAAUAUGCCAGAAUCGCACUGAAAAGGAGUCUGGAGAGGCUCCAAACUGGAACCAUCGAUCUGUACUAUGCUCAUCGUGUUGACGGCAAAACACCCAUUGAGAAGACGGUCGAGGCUAUGGCCCAGUUCAAGAAGUCAAGUCGUCUGCCUCUCGUCUUUUCCCGAACUAACACGAAUUAUAGGGAAGGCAAGAUCCGAUUUCUCGGCCUCAGUGAGGUGUCUGCCGACACUCUUCGCCGUGCUCAUGCUGUCCACCCCAUCACUGCCGUCCAGGUCGAGUAUAGCCCAUUUACAUUGGACAUCGAGGAUCCCCGUGUCGCUCUGCUUGAGACAUGUCGUGAGCUUGGCGUAGCCGUUGUCGCCUACAGCCCCGUUGGUCGUGGACUGUUGACGGGUAGAUACGUCACGCGCGAGAGCAUUACCAAGGACUUCUUCCUCAGUGUCUUGCCUCGUUACUCCGAAGAAAACUUCCCCGCCAUCCAGAGGCUCUACGAAUCCAUCAAAGACGUUGCUGAGAAGAAAGGAGUCACACCGACACAGGCAACCCUCGCCUGGCUGCUUGCCCGGGAGCCUUUUGUUAUUCCAAUUCCAGGCACGCGGUCGAUCAAGUACUUAGUAGAGAACACGGCGAGUGCCCAGAUACAACUCACGGAUGACGAGAACCGGCGUAUCACCGAAGCCGCAAAUGCAACCAAAUUAGUAGGAGCCAGAUAUCCAGCUGGGUUUCCAGAAAACUACGAAUUUGGAACCACUCCUGAGCUGUGAAGACCGUGACUUGAUAUUAGUGGGUCGCAGAGCGGUGCUAGAGUAACGUAGGAUUCAUUGUUAGCCCAUUUAACUGUACGGUAAUCUUC